UGCAUCAGAGUCAGGGAUUUGGAAAAAUUAAACAUCUUUCCCCAAGUACCCAGUAGGGAACCAGAAGUUACCUUAUACAGAACUGUGGAAUGUGCCCUUGGGAGUCUCAAAAAGCAGCCACAAGAUGCUCCAAACUAGCAACUACAGCCUGGUACUGUCUCUGCAGUUCCUGCUGCUGUCCUAUGACCUGUUUGUUAAUUCCUUCUCGGAGCUACUCCGAAUGGCUCCUGUCAUCCAGCUGGUGCUCUUCAUCAUCCAGGAUAUUGCAAUCCUCUUCAACAUCAUCAUACUUUUCCUCAUGUUCUUCAACACCUUCGUCUUCCAGGCCGGCCUGGUCAACCUCCUAUUCCAUAAGUUCAAAGGGACCAUCAUUCUAGCUGCUGUGUACCUCGCCCUCAGCAUCUCCCUUCAUGUCUGGGCCAUGAACUUGCGAUGGAAAAACUCCAGCAGCUUCAUUUGGACAGAUGGACUUCAAAUACUAUUUGUAUUCCAGAGACUAGCCGCGGUGCUGUACUUCUACUUCUACAAACGGACGGCUGUGAGGCUGGGCGACCCCCGCUUUCACCAGGACUCACUGUGGCUGCGGAAGGAGUUUAUGCAAGUCCGACGGUGAUCACUUCAUGUCCCAUUGAUGAAUGCUUUUCCUUCCCAGUGGGAACCACCUGGGCUGCUCUCCAGGGAAGGGCAGGCCUUGGCAUCAGGAAACAUGGACUUCCUAGGACAUGCUCAGGCCAGCUGUGCAGCAUUCAAGAAGGAAGACUCUCCAGGCGUGGUUGGAAACUGAGGCAGGAAAACUGUUAUGAGUUUGAGGCC